GCUCCGUUCGGCCCACGGGGCUUGUUGCCGGUUCUUGAGGCCUAGCGUCUUCCACUGGCUCUGCCGAGUUUGGUCGCACUGUUUUAGGUCGUUGCCUGCCCGAAGGGCGGAAGAUCAGUGAACUGUUCCUGACAGCGUGUGAGCGAGAGAAUGCGCGAACUGGGAGUCACUGUCACGGAGACGCGUUCCCGCUAGGAUUUAUUCCCUUCGUCGCCGCAUAUUCAGGGUUGUAACGAAGGCCUGGUUCGUCGAUGAUGGGACCUCAACAAAUUCCAGGGCCAGACAGGUGCCCCUUGUUGGGCGUCCACAUCUCCGGAAGGGACAGGUCUCCGACAGCAGCGCACGGGGGCUACACGUCCUCACGCCACGGGGCGCGGCCCUUGAACUUGGAGUCGUCGUCUUCUUCGCUGUGCGAGCAGCUACCUGCGAGGCCCGUAGAACCCGCUGGAACGGUGCAGGAGUUCGCCCGUCUGACGCCGAGUAACCUGGCUCGAUACCAGAUGUACUUGUCCAGGACAGAAGACAGUGCCUCGUCCGUCGAGGAGGUGGUGCGGACGAGGUCCGGCAGGACGCUACGCAUGAGACCGACGAGGUGUCGCCUGCAGGAGCGGCCCCGCAAGAAGCGCCACGUGCUGCAGAGCAUGGCCCGGCCGCUGAAGAAGUGGCUCAUCCGCCACCGCGAGAAGCCGUACCCGAGCAAGGCCGAGAAGCUGGCGCUGGCGCUCGGCUCGCACAUGACGCUCGAACAGGUGUCCAACUGGUUCGCCAACGCGCGCCGGAGGCUCAAGAACACGGUGUACGUUCCAGGUAUGAACUGGGGUGACCGCAUUCGCCAGUACAACAACUUCAUCUCAGGCAACACCGAGCCGCUGAGCAUCAGCUCUGACGACAGCAUUUGGGACAGUGACUGCGAGCAGCGCGGAGCAGACGAUGACGACAGGCUCGCCGAAGAAGAAGGAGACAGCAGACCGCUGCAAGGUGCAGCGCGGGAGAGCCACGCGCGCGCCGAGCUGUUCGAGCACAGCUACUCGGCCACCGCGUUGCAAAAGGGCCAGGCACCACCGGGUGCUCGCGGGGCCACGGCGGCGGCGACCACACCGCGGCCGAAGCGGCCUCGCUGCGCCGACGGAGAACCGGGUCCCGGUGGCAAGCGACCACGGCCCUCGUGCGACUCGGACAGCCCGUCGGAGAACGAUUCGGACGACGAGUCUACCACGGUUGGCGCUGCGGACGAGCCAUCGCAAUCAACACCACCUCCUACUCUUCAGCGCCGCCCGGUCGCUGGCUCGCCUCAAGCGCCACCACCGGUGCCGCCAUCUGGCGUCAAGCGGCGCCUGUUCGACUCGGAAGAAGACUCGACGCAGAUGUCGCCGGCUAUCAAGAAGUACAAGACGAGCAUGCUGCUGCGCUACAUCGGCGCCAACCUGCGAGACCUCCCGGAACGCGAGGCACCGUUCGGCGUCCAGGCGGCGAGCAAGCAGUCACGGCAGACCGCCAAGCGACCGCGCGAGGAACAGCAACAGACCGCCCGUGCUAACGAACCCAAGAGGGUUGUGCGCGAAGGUCAAAGACCAGCAGCGAAGAAAAGGAAGUGCAUCGCUGAACCGUCCAGACUUGGUUGGCGCCUCCCCUCAACCCCUUCCCCGGUUCGCAGUGCUGCCAAUUUGCGGUGGACGGAAAUCGAAGCGGCCGAAGCGCUGACGCACCUCUCACAGUCCUCGGCGCUGUGCUGGUCACAGCAGCCGCAGCAGCAGCGCGUGUCGUAGCCAGCCGUCUCCGCCGUGCGGUUCUGCGGGCGCUGAUAAUACGCCGAGCCGCGACUUCUGUCUGUGAUAUCGACGCCAUCGUUCGCCGCGCUACACCCAUCGCUUUCUUGUGUGUGUCUGCAUGUGUGUCCGUGACCAACACCACCUAGAUAGCACAAGGCCUGUGCACUCCUAUCCAUGACGUCAUACUACCUGGCCCGACUGCCAUAGAAUCUAAUGGGGAUGCUCCCGAGUAAGCAACAGUGACUUCGACGUCACCGCUUUCAUCACGCCAGCCUUGGCAAUGGAAAUUUCGGGCCAAGUAGCAUGACGUCAUGGAGCGUAGUGAACAGGCCUUGUGCUAUCUAGGUGGUGUUGCCGUGACGCACCGUUGUUUAGCAGAGGUGCAUAGAGCUUAAAGGUCACUAUUUGCGAAGUUCUCGUGUGUGUUAGAACUCAGGCACAAGGUUAAAUUCGUAUAAUUCAAUGUGACGGGGUCGUUGUGGGUGGGAGAAUAAGCAGGAUUACUCGCGGAUAGCUUAUCCACAAGAAAGGGUGAGUGAUCGGUCUGAGGAACCUUCAUCCAGCCGGAUAAUAGGGAGCUUUAGAAAUGGGGCACCCAAAGCUAGCGGCUGGCGCACAAGAGAACGCAGAGUACAGAAUUCGAGAUGUAUACAAAUGGGCGUGUGUUUUGGGCUAUAGGCAAAUCCGCUUGGGAGAGCUGUUUCUAAAUCUCCCUAACGUGCACUGUAUAUAUCCCUAUUGAAAAAAAAAGGAAACCGUGUUCCCCAUAACUCCUAUAUCCAAUAUCAUCAUAUGACGUAUGGGAAAAACAAGUUUUUAUAUGGAAACCCGUAGGUUUCAUAUCGGAUUAUUGGACAUGGUAGUUAUGUGGCAUAUGGAUUUUUUAAACAGGGUAUGCGAAUGGAAAGAAAGAAGAAUGAUCAGUGACGUGGAGAACAGUGGAAAAAGGAGAAGCGUAGACUAUUCAUGGCAUGACGAGAUGUAUCACCGCAGAGAUUUGUGGUGUGGAAAAGGAACGUACGUCGUUUGGUACACCAGUUUGGUACACUAUCGAGUCUCUUAUGGCUCGAUAGGCUCGAUGAAGUUAAAAAAAAAAAGACAGAAACAGUGGCGUUCUGUAUAUGCUGGAGCAAUAAGUACGUUCUGCCGUAUGUCGUGCCCGAAUGCGCAGCGUGACACGUUUAUCAGGGACGUUCCUGUACGUCUUUGAAGCUAGUCAGUUC